GUUUGAUUUUUCAGGGUUAUUGACCUAAAGCCAAUAUUAACACAGCGAUUCUCUCGUCCCCAUCACUGUUCUCUUACAUAUAGACCGAAAACUGUGUUCACGAGACCCAACUUAAGCUAAUUAUUCUUGAUUAUUAGGUCACAUAGUCCACCAGGAGCCAAACAGGAUGGCAGCGAUGGUCUUUCAGCUCAUGGGAUUGUUUCUGGGCAUCGUCGGCUGGUGUUUGGAGUCCAGCUCCACGAACUCAGCGGUGUGGAAGAAACGCAGUCACGGAGAAGCUGUGGUGACCGCCAGCUCGCAUUUUGAAGGACUGUGGAUAUCGUGUGCAUCUAACUCGCUCGGAGCUGUUCACUGCCAGAAAUACAAUACCAUUCUGGGCCUUCCAGUAUACAUCCAGGCCUGUCGCGCUCUGAUGAUAAUCGCUCUCAUUCUGGGUUUGCUGUCCGUCAUUCUGGGCACGAUGGGACUCAAGUGCACUAAACUGGGCAGCACGUCUGAGGAGACGAAGGGCAAAAUCAGCCUUACAGCUGGAGUGAUAUUCAUCCUGUCAGGUUUGUGUGUUAUGGUGGCAGUUUCGUGGUACGCCGCUCAAGUCGUUCAAGAAUUUAAUGAUCCUUUUUACGGAGGCACAAAGUAUGAACUGGGCGCCGGUCUGUAUCUGGGUUGGGCGGCAGGAGCUCUGGACAUAUUGGGUGGAGGAGUCCUCUGUUCGUCCUUUAAGAGUUCAUCACCUGCACAAACACGGGGUCACAGCUAUAACUACACCGCUUCACAGCCGCAGAAGAUCUACAGAUCGGCUCCGUCGGAUAACAGCACCUCCAAAGCUUAUGUCUGAGGGGAUUAUUUUUGUACAUGGACAUGCUUUUUUAGUACUUGCAUCCUAGAAGUCAGCACUAUUUAAUUCCCUAAUGUUCCUGAAAGAAUUGCCCUCGUAGUAAUGUUCAGAUAUACAUUACCGUUCAAAAGGUUUAGGGUCUUAUGCAUUUACUUGCAUAAUCUUAUGCAUUUAUUUGAUCAGAAAUACAGUAAAAAUAGUGGCAUUUUGAAAUAUUAUUACAGUUUUAAAUAGCUGUUCUUAUUGUGCAUGAUUCAUCAGUGUUGAUUUCAUCAUAAUCUUGCAUCAAAAUGUAAUAUCUUUCUCAUUUUUGGCUGAGGUCAGACUUUAUUUUGAUAUGAAACACCCACUUUACAUCAUCAAAUCAAUUCCCUGCUGUACAUUUGUUUUUCAUCUCAUGUUUCAUGUUUAUGUCAUGUAAGUUGUCAGACUUAUGUGGAUCAUUUUAGUUUUUUAUAUAAAUGUUACAAGGUCUGUUCUGGUGUUUCGGAAAUUGCUAUUAGAUGUGUGUUUCAUGUGAAUAAAACAAUUCUGUGAAGUUUUGAAAUUGUGCAAACAGUGUUUUAUUUAAUGUUUUGCAGUUAUCAGCCAAUCCUCAGAGGUUUCUUUCGUAGUUUUCAACUGAUUAUGUUGGGAACUUAAUUGUUUUGUAUUAAAAAUUGUAUAACUUUUAGUGUGCGGAUUGUACAGAUCCUGUUGAUUGCUUUCGGUGCAAAAACAUCAUGUUAAAAAAAAGUUUACUUUGUCCCUGCAGCUGAAAUUUACUCUGACUUCUUUUUGAUAGACUUUGAAUUGGAUAUGACAAUAAAGUUUCAUAAAACAAUA